CCUCGCCAUCCAUCUCUCUCUCCCUCAUCAUCUCCGAACACCUCGCCUGUUCCCCUCUCCCCGCUUCAAUCCUCGAAGAGUUGACUGCCCCCCCGUCCUCUUUUCCACCAUGUCUCAGCCCGACGUCGCCCAGCUCUCCAUCGGCCCUCUCACCGGCGUGGCCUUCGGUCCCGACCGCUCUCAGGUCUGUGUUUCGCCCAACAACAACGAGGCACACAUUUACCGCAAGAAGCGCUCCGAGUGGGAGCUUGAGGCUACGCUUGCCGAGCACGACAAGCUGAUCACGGCCAUCUCGUGGGCGCCCCAGACGAACCGCAUUGUCACCUGCUCGCAGGACCGCAACGCGUACGUGUGGACGCAGCAGCCCACGGGCGAGUGGAAACCCGCGCUCGUCCUUCUCCGCAUCAACCGCGCCGCAACGUGCGUCAAGUGGUCGCCGAACGAGGACAAGUUCGCCGUGGGCUCGGGCGCCCGUGCCAUCGCCAUCUGCUCGUUUGAUGAGGAGAACAAUUGGUGGAUGUCCAAGCACGUCAAGAAGCCGCUGCGCUCGACCGUCCUCUCGAUCGACUGGCACCCCAACAACGUCCUCCUCGCCGCCGGCACGACCGACGCAAAGGCCUACGUUUUCAGCGCCUUCAUCAAGGGCAUCGACGCCAAGCCCGAGGCGACGGUCUGGGGUGAUCGCCUGCCGUUCGGGACCAUCUGUGGCGACUUCCGCGCGCCCAACGGCGGCUGGGUCGACGACGUCGCCUUCUCGCCCUCGGGCAACACCCUCGCCUUCGUCUGCCACGACUCGAGCGUGAACAUCGUUUACCCCGCUGGCCCCGGCGCCGGUCUCCAGGCCUUUGUGAGCGUGCGCACCCCCUCCCUUCCCUACCUCAGCCUGGCCUUCACAGCCGAGGACACGAUCAUUGCCGGCGGCCACGACUGCCAGCCCACUGUGUUCACGGGUGACGCAAAUGGCUGGGUCUUCAGCCACUCGCUUGACGACCCGGCAAAUGCUGGCUCGCGCGGUCUCUCCCCCACCCCGACGGGGCAGCGCGCCGCCUCAGGCCCCGGCCGCCUCAACAACGAGGCCUUCAACCUCUUCAGGCAGGCCGACACUCGCGGCCAGUCCAAGCCUGCUCUCCCCGGCGCUGGCGGCAGCAGCACGAUCACCGGCACCACGCCGGUCGGGCAGGAUGGGCGUCUCGUCACGGUUCACCAGAACUCGAUCACGUUUGUCGAGCCCUACUCGUGGGCCCAGGAUGGCUCAGUCGACAAGGUCACGACUGCCGGCGCCGACGGCCGCAUGGUCAUCUGGACCGUCACGAAGGGCGGCCUGUCGGGCCGCAUGGCGAACAUGCACAUGUAGGAUUAGACUGAUGCUAUGAGAUAUGGAUACAGUGUGUGUGCCUCUC